AUGGCUACCGCAGCUGCAAUCCAAUUCAACAAGCAGGAGUGCGCCAAUGUCAAUGAGACGGCUCCGGAUUUUGUUGGAUGCUCUCCAGCCGGGUUAUCCAGUGCCUUGGCCAGCAUGAGUCUGAGCCAGAUCACAACGGCCGGGUCUUCGACAGCGUCCUCGGCAACUACGACAUCUUCCUCAGUCAACCCGUUGUUGAGCACAAUAACCGGCAACGUGAUCACCGAAAUGGCUCCAAUGUCCACGACGAAGCCACCAACAGCAACAUAUGCAGGUCGACCACUACUGACAGGAAGUUGUACAGUGCCGUAUUUCGCCUUUGUAACCGGGUCCAACAACGAAGUCAUCGAGUUUCCCGCCAUCGGAUGCUCUGACCAGAGACCAGAAUGUUGUCCGUACGAGCCGGGCACCAGCGCCUUAAUCACACAGUGUCCACAGGACUAUUUUAGCACAUCCAGCGCCUGCUGUCCAUUCGGUUAUCAAAUAUACUAUACCGCACUCGGCGGUCAAACACCAUGUUAUUCGAACCCGAGUACGACACUCGUCCCCGUAUCAACGCCGACCGCCUCGGGUCUGACCCUCAUAACGGAGCAUGUUUUCGCAGACAAGUACAUGCUAGCUCCAGCGACAGCUACGAAGCACAAGCUGCCUACCGCCGCCGUGAUUGGUAUAUCUGUCAACGCAUGUCUUUUUGUAGGGGUCAUAAUCUCGCUAUGGUGGUGGUUUGGACCGCGUAAAAGGAGGAGAGCUCAGCAAGCAGCGGCUCGAACCACCACAUUCCCGCCAGAAGAACCUGCGCUUCAAAUGUCCAGAGCGCCCACAAUGCACGAGCUUGACAGCCCCGAACGACAAGCAGGAUCGCCAGGUGCCCUCUCACGCUGGGGAAGUUUUCCGGCAUCAUCACCUCCGGCAUAUGACCAGGAGAAAAGCAAGCCAAAGCCGAAGCAAAUCGUCCCGCAGGAGUUGCCAGGCAGCACAUGGAUCAACGAGCAUCAUCCAGCGUUCUUCUCAGGCGAAGAUACUCCAUCGGAGGCCACGCAGCCAUCUCCUCCUAGGACGCCAAUUCAAAAAGCAACGCCGACUGAACCGAGGUCGCCGGUUGUGUCUGCCAUAACAUCAAGAUCAGGGAAUCAAAGUCCGUCAUUUGUGUCGCCGCUCGGGUCACCAAGACUGCCGCAUGCCUCGCCUUGA